AUGUAUCCGAAAUCCCAUUUCUUCUUAGAACUUCGUGGCUCUCUCUAUGGUUUUCUUGAAAAAUAUGAUGAAGGUUUGGCAGAUUUUAAUACUGCACUUCAACUGGUUCCCGACAAUAUAGAGUUAUUGUAUGAUCGAGCUGCUAUGUUAAGGCUCACCAAGCAUGUUGAUCUAAAUGUAGCAGUAGUCACACACGAAAUAUUUCUCAAAAACGCACCAGUUGAUCAUCGCAAGUUACCUGAAGCAUACUAUGCAGCUGCGUCGUGUUAUUUUAUGAACACUGCUUUAAAGAACCAUUUUGAACUUGCAGAAAAAUAUUACAAAAAAGGCAUUGAAGCCGAAAAACAGCAAUUACCCUGCUUUUUACCCUAUGAAUCGAAGAAUAAAUUAUUUUUAUCAAAGUUCUUCCAACUCAAAUCGGCGAUAUCUGAUGCAGGACCAGGUGAAUCAUCAAUCGACACACGAAAACCCAAAUCACGUCUAUCUGAUCCACGACGCCUUGAUAUGAUUCAGUUGCAUCGAAAAUCUAUUGCUGAAAAACGUGAACUUUCUCCAGAUUACAAACUGAUGACCCUAACAACUAAACCUCGUCUGCAUCAAAACUCACCUGCAUCAUUGAUUGGUUUGAAAGGAAUUACACUACGUGAAAUGAACCCAGCGAAAGAUUAUGUCUAUCAAGGAUAUGUGUUAUCAGGUAUAAUUUUCGAGCAAUCACCAGUCGUUGAACCAUCCAUAUGGCUGCUAUUCGAAGAUGAUAAUGGUGAUUUGGAACGACUCUUUAUAUAUAAUAUCCCGGCGUCUGAAGGUUGGCAAUUAAUAAAAGAUACGUAUAUUUACGGUACAAAAAUAAGUAUUUUAAAUCCGUACAUGCGCAUGGCGGCUGAUAACAAGCCGGCUAUUCGUGUAGACGAUGCUUCGUCGAUUAUUUUACAUGGAAAUGCUCACAGUGUGAAGGAUAUGUGUCGAUAUUGUAGCGAAGCAAAUGCAUCACGUGUUUGUGGCAAAUGCAGAUCAGCUCACUAUUGUUCAAAAGAAUGUCAAACAAUCGAUUGGAAACAAUGUGACCAUAAAUUAAUUUGUACCUGA